AUGCGCGCUUUCGUUAUUUUCGCACUUCUCGGUUUAAUCUUGGCUGUGACUGCCGCACCAACUCCAGGUGCAGAGGCAGUAGCAGCACCUGUGGUCGACGAGCAAAGUGUUAAGAGCGCUGAGAGCGGUGAGAGUGGUGAGGAUGCAGCGGACGAUGAUAGUGCAGAAGAUGAAUACUACGAUGACGAAACACCUUCUGAAAGUGACGAAGAAGACAGUGAUGAAGACAGCGAAGAAGGUGACGUAGAAAACGUAGACGAGCCGGAAGACGAAGAAAGCAGUGAAGAGGAUGAGGGAUCCGAUGAAUCUUCUGAAGAAACUGGUGCCAAUGCUGCUCUAAAAUAA